CUCGCAUCAUCCGAUCCGACGCCACUGCCUUGGUCAGCUUCUGCUGCCGUAAUUGUCUCCAGGGCUGCUUAACUCCUACUUAUCCUGUUGUUUUUGUUUUGUUUUUUUUUUUGCUUUGAAGGGACUAUUUCAUUUUCUGGGAUUUUAUACAAGACCUGGAUAUAAUACGAAGUGUUUUUGUUCGUUUUGGAUCGAGGUGUGUGUGUGUGUGUGUGUGUGUGUGUGGAGCUCGCCUGUCUUGGUUGGCUUGGGAAAAGCCACUGCGUAUCAAAUAGCAGGUGUUUAAGAUGCUGCAGUGAGUUCGGAGCUGAAUCUUAACUGAAGCCUCAGCAUGUCUAUACUGCUGAUGGUGGGUGUGGUGAUGUGGGGGGCCCAAGGGGGGGUCCAUGGGGCCAUGUGUCCCGGAGGGGUCCUUGGUAACUGCCCCACCCAGCAGAGCAACACCUCCGGUGGGGGUGAGACCUCCAGGGACUACUGCUACACCGCCCGUAUCCGAUCCACCGUGCUUCAGGGUCUGCCCUUCGGAGGGGUGCCCACCGUCCUCGCACUCGACUUCAUGUGCUUCCUGGUACUCCUGUUUGUGUUCUCCAUCUUGAGGAAGGUAGCGUGGGACUACGGCCGCUUGGCGCUGGUCACUGAUGCAGACAGACGGAGUCAGCGAUACAGCCGUCUGGACGAACAGGAAUAUGUGGCGUCUGCCAUAACGUCAGAGCUUCCCGAUCGCUACGAACGCCUGACCUCUGUCUCUAGCUCAGUGGACUUUGAGCAGAGAGACAACGGCUUCUGCUCCUGGUUAACAGCCAUCUUCCGGAUAAAGGAUGAGGAGAUCAGGGAGAAGUGUGGGGAGGAUGCUGUGCACUACCUCUCCUUCCAGAGGCACAUCAUUGGUCUGCUGGUGGUGGUGGGCGUGCUCUCAGUGGCCAUCGUCCUGCCCGUCAACUUCUCAGGAAAUCUAUUGGAAAAUGAUGCCUACAGUUUUGGACGCACCACUUUAGCCAAUCUGGAUGCCAAUAACAUGCUGCUGUGGCUCCACACCACCUUUGCGUUCCUCUACCUGUUGCUGACCGUGUACAGCAUGAGACGACACACCUCCAAGAUGCACUACAGAGAGGACGAUCUGGUGAAACGCACUUUAUUUGUCAACGGGAUCUCCAAGUAUGCAGAGGAGAAGCACAUCAAGCAACACUUUGAACAGGCCUAUGAAAACUGCUGUGUUCUCGAGGCUCGUAUCUGCUACGAUGUGGCCAAGCUGAUGUCGCUCAACUCAGAAAGGAAGAAGACCGCGCGUAGCAAGAAGUUCUUUACAGACCUGCAGUCCAAGGAGCACAUCCCCACCAUGAUCAACCCCAAACCCUGUGGUCAUCUCUGCUGCUGUAUUAUCAAGGGCUGUGAGCAGGAGGAGGCAGUGAGUUACUACACCAAGCUGGAGUCCAAGCUGAAGGAGGAGUACAGGAAGGAGAAAGAGAAGGUCAACAGUAAACCGCUGGGAAUGGCCUUCGUUACCUUCCAGAACGAAGCCAUGACUGCCAUUAUCCUGAAGGACUACAAUGCGUGUAAGUGUCAGGGAUGUCACUGUCGGAGGGAACCCAGGUCUUCUUCCUUCAGCCAGCACCUUCACACAUAUUCCUGGACGGUCGGCUACGCACCAGACCCACAGAACGUCUACUGGGAGCAUCUGUCAGUAGGAGGGUUCCCCUGGUGGCUGAGAUGCUUCAUCAUCAACUGUAUCCUCUUCCUCCUCCUCUUCUUCCUCACAACCCCUGCCAUCAUCAUCUCCACCAUGGACAAGUUCAACGUCACCAAGCCUGUCGAGUACCUCAACAACCCCAUCGUGACCCAGUUCUUCCCCACCCUGCUGCUGUGGGCCUUCUCCGCCCUGCUACCCACCAUCGUGUACUACUCUGCCUUCUUCGAGGCCCACUGGACACGGUCUGGAGAGAACAGGACCACAAUGCAUAAAUGUUACACCUUCCUCAUCUUCAUGGUCUUACUGCUGCCCUCUCUAGGACUCAGCAGUCUGGACGUUUUCUUCCGAUGGCUGUUUGACAAGCGCUUCCUGGCUGACGCUGCCGUGAGGUUUGAGUGUGUGUUCCUGCCUGACAACGGGGCGUUCUUUGUGAACUAUGUCAUCGCGUCGGCGUUCAUCGGUAACGCCAUGGAUCUGCUGAGGAUCCCUGGUCUGCUCAUGUAUAUGACCCGGCUGUGUCUGGCUCGCUCUGCUGCCGAGAGACGCAACGUCAAGAGGCACCAGGCCUAUGAGUUCCAGUUCGGGGCGGCCUAUGCCUGGAUGAUGUGUGUCUUCACUGUGGUCAUGACAUACAGCAUCACCUGUCCAAUCAUCGUCCCCUUCGGUCUGAUGUACAUGCUGUUGAAACACCUGGCAGAUCGCUACAACAUGUAUUAUGCCUACCUUCCCUCCAAGCUGGACAAGAAGAUCCACUCUGGGGCCGUCAACCAGGUGGUGGCAGCACCUAUCCUCUGCCUCUUCUGGCUCCUGUUCUUCUCCACUCUCCGCACAGGUUUCUCAGCCCCUACCUCUAUGUUUACCUUCAGCGUCCUGAUCAUCACCAUCAUCGUCUGCUUGUCCCAUGUCUGCUUUGGACACUUCAAAUAUCUCAGCGCUCACAACUACAAGAUUGACGUGGAGAAUGUGGAUGGGGUGGAGAACGGUCAUCCAGCACGAACCUCUCCCUCUAAUAAGUCAGCACAGAUGUACAUUGCCUCGGUGCUCCAGGAUCCCAGCUUAGACGAGCUGGGUUCGGCUGGCAGCGGGGUCAGCGAGGGCUCGCAGGACGAGGAGAUCAUCCAAGUGGGGAACAGCCUCAACGAGGCCGACUUCCAGAGUGGUGAGGACAGUCUUCUCGCUAACGAGGUGCGGCACUGACGUGAGGGGAUGCCGGAGACCGAGGACGGGGAGAGAGAAGAAGAGACUAAGGUGUAAUGUGACUGACGUGAUGGAUGCGCUGGUCUAGUGAAUGAAGCUACGGAGCUGAAACGGACUGACAGACAGCUCUAUAAGACAUGAAGAGAGACCACUAAACCUUAAACACCUUGAGUCAAGAGAGAGGGACUAUUUCUCUGUCUACACUAACGAACAAAGCAACACAAAUACCUUUCUCAUGCCUUUCACUCCUCUUCAGCUUAGGCCAUGGACCACAGUUCUCCAGCAUAUCUUUUCCCCCCCAGAGAGACUACACUAACACCAACAUGCAAAGACGAGAGAGAGAGAGCGGUGGACUACUGUCUACAUUAACUAACAAAGGAAGACUACUUACUAAAGACCUCUAUCAACAACUGCUUCUCUAGGAUUCUCUUGCUAGGAUGCUACUCUGACACUCAGACUCUACUGUAGGACUCUAUUCCGGCGCUAGGACUCUACUGUAGGACUCUACCCUGGCACUAGGACUCUACUGUAGGACUCUACCCUGGCGCUAGGACUCUACUGUAGGACUCUACCCUGGCGCUAGGACUCUACUGUAGGACUCUACCCUGGCGCUAGGACUCUACUGUAGGACUCUAGUCUGGCGCUAGGACUCUACUGUAAAAACUCUGGCGCUAGGACUUUACUGUAGGACUCUAGUCUGGUGCUAGGACUCUACUGUAAAACUCUGGCGCUAGGACUUUACUGUAGGACUCUAGUCUGGCGCUAGGACUCUACUGUAGGACUCUAGUCUGGUUCUAGGACUCUAGUCUGGUGCUAGGACUCUACUGUAGGACUCUAGUCUGGCGCUAGGACCACUGUAGGACUCUAGUCUGGCGCUAGGACUCUAGUCUGGCGCUAGGACUCUACUGUAGGACUCUAGUCUGGCGCUAGGACUCUACUGUAGGACUCUAGUCUGGCGCUAGGACUCUACUGUAGGACUCUAGUCUGGCGCUAGGACUACUGUAGGACUCUAGUUGGGCGCUAGGACUCUACUGUAGGACUCUAGUCUGGCGCUAGGACUGUACUGUAGGACUCUAGUCUGGCGCUAGGACUCUACUGUAGGACUCUAGUCUGGUGCUAGGACUCUACUGUAGGACUCUACUCUGGCGCUAGGACUCUACUGUAGGACUCUAGUCUGGCGCUAGGACUCUACUGUAGGACUCUAGUCUGGCGCUAGGACUCUACUGUAGGACUCUAGUCUGGCGCUAGGACUCUACUGUAGGACUCUAGUCUGGCACUAGGACUCUACUGUAGGACUCUACCCCGGCGCUAGGACUCUACUGUAAAACCCUGGCACUAGGACUCUACUGUAGGACUCUAGUCUGGUGCUAGGACUCUACUAUAUGACUCUACUCCGGCGCUAGGACUAGCUAGGACUCUACUAUAGGACUCUACUAUAGGACUUUAGUCCGGCGCUAGGACUCUACUGUAGGACUCUACCCCGGCACUAGGACUCUACUGUAGGACUCUACCCCGGCGCUAGCUAGGACUCUACUCUCUCUAAUAUCUUCCUUCAUGACGAAUCUAUCUUUUCUGAUGGCAAAGUCACGCAGGGACACAUAGCAGUAGUUAACUCCCUCUUCCAACUGUUGAUCUAGAGCUGCCUCUGAACUGAGGCUCGGGACUGUGAAGUGAGAACAGCCACUCUCUAAGAAAAACUGCACUGGGAGCCCCGCACACUCACAACUGAGAUGGGAAGAAGAUUCCUUUUUUUGGCCUUGUCUUGCAGUGCAGGCUGGGGGGGGGGGGCUUUCUGUCUAGAUUUCCUUAAAACUACGACUAUAUUGCACUUGAAAGAGAAGGAUAGGUGUGUGUCUGUGCCCUACACUGGCUUGGCUUAGUGGGGUGAUGUGGCUUUGGCUCGCAUGUGUUUUCCUCCUCACAGAACCUUGAGUCUGGUUUGCUAGAGGUCUAGAAUAGCCACUCGGGCAUGCCUCGGACUUCAGAGGGGUUGGAGGGAUCUUUAUUUCCCCUAAUCCUUUGCCUGUUCUGCCUGCAUCCUUAAUAGUCUCUGCACGAGAGGCUGCUUCACAACAAGCAGCUUUAUAUGAGAAGACGGAGAUGAAAUGUUUUUCAGCGUCACAAUGUUAGCCUGCUCUGGUCUCCCCCUACUCUGUCCCGACCGUCUCCGGGAGUCCCUACUCUGUCCCGACCGUCUCCGGGAGUCCCUACUCUGUCCCGACCGUCUCCGGGAGUCCCUACUCUGUCCCGACCGUCUCCGGGAGUCCCUACUCUGUCCCGACCGUCUCCGGGAGUCUCUGGGUGGUUCCAGCCCUGUGUAAAAAGGAAGGUGGUCACUAUGACGAUGACCACUCUGUAACAAACUGAACUAACACUCCCUCAUUGCUGUUUACUUUUAUGUUUAGCUUUUUUCGAUGUUGUUCAGCAACAAAAACUCGGGAUUUGUAAAAUAGCCUCUUUUUAUUUUAUUUUGUAUUUAUUUUUUAGGCAUGGUUAUUUUAAGUUGGUCUGAGAACUUUAAUUACUUAACUACUGUUUCGACGUUAAAAUGAUGUAACUGGAUGAAUGGAUCAUGUAACAUGGAUACUGUACCUUGUAAACAACACGGUUUCUCUGUCUCCUGGCCGGUUCUGCCCAGAGAAGUGGGACUGCGGCUCCAGACUGAGCCCUAAUGGAGCCCUAAUGGAGCCCUAGCAUAACUGAAGGAGGAAGACAGCGGAGAACCCCUAGAUGAUGUCCCCGGGAAGCACAUAUGAAGUGGAUAUGACAGCCCACCCUGUACCCUGUUUUGUGUCCCACAACUAUGGUUGCAAAAUUCACAAAAUUGUCCCAGAGUUCCUAGGUUUUUCACAUCUUGGUUAGAAGUUUCUUGGAAUAAGGGAUUUCUGGGAAAAAACCGAGGAACUUUGAAAGUUUCUGUAAUUUUGCAACCUCAGCUAGUCCUCCUCUCCCAGCCAGGACUCUGUGGGACAACAUUCCUCUGUAGAGGGAGAACUCGACCCUUGAACUCUUGGUCUGUGACCUGUAAAUGUAGUUCCCCCAGGACUCCUUGGGGUCGCGUUCAGCAGGGGUCAGGGCACAACGUGGUUGAACGUUCAGAUAUAUGUUAUGUCGAACAAAAUAUGCCUCUGAAAUGUAGAAUAAGGAAUCAUGGCAACUCUAUUCAUGACAUUUCUAUCUGCAACGUUCCACAACGUUUGCCUACUGAAUGUGACCCUGACCUUUUGACAGGUCCGUGUUCACUAGUUCUAUCUAUCUCAUCGAACUGCUCUCAUAUCAUACAAGUUCCUGUACAAGAAGACAAGCCUCUUUGUUUUGGUGUUUAUGUCACUGUACUAAAGAUUUAUUUCACUGUUGGUUUGAACAUUUUGUUUUUUUGUGGGGAGGGAAACGGGAUAACGAGCUUUUAAAAGAUAGUCUACCGAGUUCUGCCGACUCUAGAUGGGCUCUGAUUGGUUUAAGGAUGCCUAGCGUCAUCCAAUGACAACAUGAAUUGUGACAUCAGCGAGAUACUCUUAUCAUGUAGUGGUCUAUAAUGUUAAAUUAAAAUUUUAAAAAGUUAAAAUGAUCAUUGAGAAUUGAUAGAAAUGACAAUGUCCCCAACUGCCAUCACUCAGCUACAGUGCUGUAUACUGUAUACACAGUGUUGUUAAUAUAGAAAACAUGGACAGGACAGACAGACAUGUGGGACGCAGACAAUGAGUCUUAAUGCAGGAAGAUCAGCGGGUUUUUAGAUGCUGGUGUUUUGUUUAUGUUGUUUCACUUCAACACACUAUCCCGAUUUAUCAAUGGAAAAACAAAAUGGAUGACACCAACUUUGUUGUUUUUAUAUUUUUCCUUCUCUGUACUCUGACCUUUUAUCUUUCAAGUAAUUCAGCCGCCAUAACUCACGAUGUCAUGUUGCUCUCUUCAAGUCGUUACAAUAUUCCACUGACCGGCUUAGUUUUCUUGUGCCUUGUGGCAGAACAGAUCUAUCCUGGUUGAACCUCAGGGGUCUAUUAUAACCAAGCAGAAUCAAUGACUUAGCCAACUAUUAGAUGUAAUAAUGACUAGAUUUUUCUGGGUAAUUUAAGAAAGCUAAACUCAGAGAUGUGCGUUUUGGUUGUUGAGUCAUCGAGAACAUUCUCAUUUCAAGCUCAUCUAAAAAAUAUAAAAAAGUUAUUUCAGAAUAUUUAAGGCAAAUUAGCUGGCUAACUCAUUGAUCUUGCUUUGUGGUAUACCCUUCUGAGCAUUGUCUGGUUUAGCCUGGCUAUGUGCAUAUCUCCUAUAUAACUGUCAUUUCUGAAACAUUUCACCUGUCCUGUUUAAAGUCUUGGUUCCACAUUGUGGAAACGCAUCAAUAAAUAUGAAACAAAUGUCCUUUUGAAAUGUUUUCGUAGCACUAAUUUGUGCAGUCAGUCAGUGGGCUGAACCAUACAUGCUGAGCAGCUUUCCUAUUAUAUGCAUAAACCAAGUAACAAAUCUAGUGUCUAGUACACAUUUAAUGUACUCUGUAGUACCUCUAUAUAACUAGUCCAAUGUAGUGUCUGAUUCUGUACAGUAAAAUGAUGCACUCAG